AUGAUUGAAGUCAUUUGCAACGAUCGUCUCGGAAAGAAAGUCCGCGUCAAGUGCAAUGGAGAUGAUACGGUCGGAGACCUCAAGAAGUUGAUCGCUGCACAGACCGGAACCAACUGGGAGAAGAUUAUCCUCAAGAAGUGGUACACGAUCUAUAAGGAUCAUAUUACCUUGGACGACUACGAGAUCCAUGACGGCAUGAGCAUCGAGUUGUAUUACAACUAA